AUGCUCCGCGGCCAGUCACUCCCCUGGAGAGCCGCGCUCCACCAGACGCCACGGCCGUUAAUCCUUCGACCUCUACUUCCUUUCGCUCGAAACAACGGUUCUGUACGUUCGAACUUAAGUUUAUCCCGCCUCUCUCGCUCGUCCUCACUGUCUCCGCGCGCCUUUUCUACGAGCUCUAUCCGACGGAAAGAGAAGCCUCCAUCGGGUGAGGAAAAGGAAGACUCAAACCUGCAAGAGCAGAAGGACCCGAAUGAACAGAAGGACGGUGACCGAUCCCCUGAAAGUCGAAGAAGGUCACCCGACUCCACAGGGAGGGAACCGGGAGCUCCGACAUCGGGCUCUGGACGGCGGAGAGAUAAAGUAGUGGGCGAGAAGGAGCAACGUGGAGUGGAGGAAGAUGCAAAGAAAGAGAACGGUGCCAUAGAAGGGAAGUCGGAUGCUACGGAGAAUCCAUCUCCUAUCCCUGUCAGUGGAGGGGGAUCUUCGGACACGAAGUCCUCUCCGAGCAACGGCGGGAACGAAGAUGGUGGACGGAAGGGUAAGAAAAGCUCAGGGGAUAGGGCUUUACAGAAGCCAUCCGUUCCAGAGGUCUAUCCUCAGGUCAUGGCUAUCCCCAUUGCCAAGCGGCCUCUGUUCCCGGGCUUCUACAAAGCGAUCACCAUCCGAGACCCGAAUGUAGCAACAGCAAUCCAGGAGAUGAUGAAACGAGGACAACCGUACGUGGGUGCCUUCUUAUUCAAGGAUGAGAAUGCCGACGGCGAUGUGAUUGAAAAUCUUGACGACGUGUACGAUGUCGGAGUGUUCGCUCAAAUUACUGCUGCGUACCCUCUUCGUGGAGAAGCCAGCGGCGUGACAGCCGUCCUUUAUCCUCAUCGUCGCAUUAAGAUUUCAUCUCUUCUUCCUCCUGGUGAACAGACUAAGGCUGGCAACGCUGAGGAUAAGGCUCCCGAAAAGCGGGGGGAUGUUGUGGCGAGCUUUGAAGAGGGCGUUGCCGAGCCCGCGCCAAAGGAUCUCUACGAGCCUACUUCUUUCUUGCGCAAAUACCCCGUCAGCUUGGUGAAUGUGGAGAAUUUGGCGGAGGAGCCUUUUGACAAGAAGAGCGCCAUCAUCCGUGCGGUGACAAGUGAGAUUGUCAACGUCUGCAAGGAGAUUGCCAGUUUGAACCCCCUCUUCCGUGACCAGAUUUCCGCAUUCUAUACCGACCAGUUUCCGGGUAAUCUCAGCGAUGAGCCAGCUAAAUUGGCAGACUUUGCCGCGGCAGUGUCUGCUGGAGAACUGCAUGAGAUGCAAGAAGUUCUGGAGAUCAUGAACAUCGAAGAGCGACUUCCAAAGGCAUUAGUAGUGUUGAAGAAGGAACUGAUGAACGCACAACUCCAGUCUAAGAUAUCCAAGGAUGUGGAGGCGAAGAUUCAGAAACGUCAACGCGAGUAUUGGCUGAUGGAGCAGAUGAAGGGUAUCAAGAGAGAGUUGGGUAUCGAAUCGGACGGCAAAGACAAACUAGUGGAGAAGUUCAAAGAAAAGGCAUCGAAAUUGGCCAUGCCAGAGGCUGUCAAAAAGGUGUUUGACGAGGAGAUCAACAAGCUGGCCCACCUUGAGCCAGCCGCAUCGGAAUUCAACGUUACUCGGAAUUACCUUGACUGGCUGACUCAAAUUCCAUGGGGUCAGAAGAGCGUGGAGAACUUCGGUAUCAAGCAUGCCAUGACUGUCUUGGACGAAGAUCACUACGGCUUGAAGGAUGUUAAAGAUCGUAUCCUUGAAUUCAUUGCGGUUGGAAAGCUCCGGGGAACCGUUGAAGGCAAGAUUCUCUGCCUUGUAGGACCCCCAGGUGUCGGAAAGACCAGUAUCGGCAAGUCGAUCGCCCGAGCUCUGAACCGUCAGUAUUACCGGUUCUCCGUUGGAGGUCUCACGGAUGUUGCUGAGAUCAAGGGACAUCGUCGGACCUACGUGGGUGCACUUCCCGGCCGUAUCAUUCAAGCCCUCAAGAAGUGCCAGACCGAGAAUCCUCUGAUUCUGAUUGAUGAGGUGGAUAAAAUCGGACGAGGUCAUCAGGGCGAUCCAUCAUCGGCCCUGCUCGAACUUCUAGAUCCAGAACAGAACUCAUCCUUCCUCGAUCACUACAUGGAUGUUCCGGUCGAUUUGUCGAAGGUUCUCUUCGUUUGCACGGCCAAUGUCACAGACACCAUUCCUCGGCCUCUGUUGGACCGCAUGGAACUCAUUGAGCUGUCCGGUUACGUUGCGGAUGAGAAGAUGGCUAUUGCCGAGCGCUACCUUGCACCUGCUGCGAGGGAACUCACGGGUUUGAAGGAUGUCGACGUUAACCUCCAGAAGGACGCUAUUGAGGAAUUAAUCAAAUCGUAUGCCCGCGAGAGUGGUGUUCGAAAUUUGAAGAAGCAGAUUGAGAAAGUCUAUCGCAAAGCGGCUUUCAAGAUCGUCCAGGAUCUUGGCGAGGAGGUUCUUGGCGAAGACAAGGCUCUUACUGACGAGGGUAAAGCCGCACAGGAAGAAUCGAAGAAGGAGACCGAAGAAGGAGAUCCCAAGGAUCCCCCUGCCGAUCCCGAAAAAUCGACAACGGAGACUCCACGUCUCGCGCUCAAGGUCCCUGAGAGCGUGCACCUCAGUAUCGGCAAAGACAGCCUUACAGAUUACCUCGGUCCUCCUGUCUUCACAGCGGACCGACUCUACGACACCUUCCCCCCUGGUGUCACAAUGGGUCUGGCCUGGACCAGCAUGGGCGGAGCCGCACUGUACGUCGAGUCGAUUCUGGAAAAUGCUCUGACUCCCGAGUCACGACCUGGUAUCGACAUCACAGGAAAUCUGCAGCCUGUGAUGAAGGAAUCCACACAGAUUGCAUACUCUUUUGCAAAGUCGGUCUUGGCUAAGCAGUUCCCGGAGAACAAAUUCUUCGAGAAGGCGAAACUUCAUAUGCAUUGCCCUGAAGGCGCUGUUCCCAAGGAUGGUCCAUCUGCUGGCAUCACCAUGGCCACUUCUCUUCUUUCGCUGGCCCUGGACCACCCUCUCGACCCGACAAUAGCAAUGACAGGAGAACUGACCGUGACGGGCAAAGUCCUCCGUAUCGGCGGCUUGCGGGAGAAGACGGUGGCUGCUCGUCGUGCUGGCGCGAAGAAGAUUAUCUUCCCUGCAGACAAUAUGUCCGACUGGUUAGAGCUGCCGGAGAACAUCAAAGACGGUAUUGAAGGCCAUGCGGUGAGCUGGUACUCGGAAGUAUUCAACAUUCUCUUUGCCGAGCUCGACAGGGACGCGGCCAAUAAGCUUUGGCAGAAGCAGCUUGCAGGGACGCCGAAGAAGGAACCUCGCGAAGAGGAUGAUUGA